AUGAACGCCUCGCCAACAUCUCGUGCAAAGAGCAAGAACCCUCCGCAAUGGAGGCUAGCUGCUGCCGAGAGGGCCAGAAGGGGCUUCGUAAACCACCAUGUGGACACAAGGAAUCUGGACGGAUACCUGCAAGACCUACAGGAUGAUGAGUCGGACGACGAGAAGCUGUCCAAGGCCUUUCAUCUCACGAGGACAGAGCAGCCGCAAGAAGCUCGAGAGCUCGCAGAGGAAGCGCUCAAGGACAACCCGGCCUCGGCAUCUGCCGUGUUUGUCAGCGCUGCUGAGUGCGAGUCAAGGCAAGAUUGGGCCGAGGCUGCGCGCUUCUUCCUCCUUGGGCUGAGCCACAACAGCGCAGACACUUCGAUGGAGCAUGGCUUCCAGACCAACGUCGACAUGCUGAGAUCAAACAGGAAUCGCCAUGUCGAAAGGCCCAAAACCAACAAGUGGGAUGAAGGUCUGGUGUUCAAACCCCAGCAGAGGCAGGUGGAGAGGAAGGUGAAGGCCACCGAGAAGCCGCCAUGGUACCGGCUGGGCCCGGUGUUUGAGCAGCUGAUAGACAACCCCGGGUUCCUGAGUGACCUGACAGACGCUGAAGCAGACCCUGAGGCCGAGAAGAUGGAGUUGAGGCGGGUCAUCUACCAGAACCUUCCCUUCUUCAACCUGAUCUACAAGUACUACGCAGACGAUCUCAACGAGACGGUGAGCGCGGAGCACAACAAUCUGAUGGAGGUGGAGUUCGACGGGCAUGACGCAAAGGCCGGCAAACAGAAGUUGAAGCUCAAAGGGUUCUGGAGGCUCCUCAAGGAGUGCAAGAUAGCGGUGGGGAAUGCGAGGACGAAGAUGCCUGUGGCCGUGUUUGAUAGGAUCUGGAUCCAAGGGAAUCAGAGGAUGUCGGUUCUGAACAAGGAUGCAACUUAUGACGUCAGCACGGAGGACCCGCACGACCCCGAGCACGUCAUGACUUUCUAUGAUUUCAUGGAGGCCAUCAUUAGAGCUGCUGCUCUGAAGUUGAAUGGAACUGUGAGCAGUAGAUUUGAAAAUCUCCUGAAGGAUUUUCUCAAACCCUUUGGAAUGCGAAAGCAGACGGAGAAGGCAUUCCUGGAAUUCAGAAGCGAGCCCAUAAGGGGACUUCUUUACCGACAAAACAUUCACACUAACUUGAGGAAGAUCUUUGACUACUUUGUUUCGACCUAUCCUCACAACAAGAUCAAGAGGAACGUGAUCGGGCCGAUGGACCUGACGAUGUCGUUGAACCAUGUCUACUACGCGCUGGAGAAGAUGGAGGUGUUCGAUUCCUUGUUCAGCUACAAGAAAUGUGUGGCCACGUAUUGUCAGGUCACGUGCGACAGCGAUCUUCUCCCUCAGGAGCAUCCCAACAACCAGAACAGUGAGAUGACAUUCGACGAGUUCCUCGAAAUGAUGCUUCGGAUCGCAAGGAAGAAGAAGCCUGUCGGGGAUGCAAAGAGUGCUCUGAAAGAGUUCUUGGCACAUGUAUUCCAUGUUUGUCAGAACCUGGUCCCGUGGAAGCUCCAAGAUGUCAAGGAAGACAUUGCCUGA